AUGCUGCCUCCUUUGAGCACGGAAAGAUCCACCUCCCGGCAGAAUGUCACCACCGGAGCCGGUGGUACCUGGUCGACACGAAAAGCACCACUUUCAGUUUGUGGGCAAACCUGUCUUCUUAACCGAACUGCUCGCUUCUCGGUCGUAGUCGCGCCUCCCGUCCGACGGUCUCGGACCGAAUUCGGGCAAACGGGACUCGAGCUGUGA